ACGUCUCCCAAAUAGUUACAUUCACCGUUCUUUGUAGGCUUUUCUGUUUACCUACGUGUUACUGUUCGACCUGCAACCCGCGUGGUGAGGCGCAGGCGCGUCAAGUGGCGUCGCGUCUGCCAUCUUGACGAUUGCCCUUCGAGGUCUCUUUUCACACUCGUUUUAGACAACUGUUGCAACGGGUUUCUUGCAUCUUUUCUAACUGCACAAAAGCCAUGGUCAACUUGCACAUCACGGAAUGGCGCAAGCUACCUAUUAACUUGACUGAGCUUUGCAUCAAUACAACGUUGCGCUGUGGCCAGUCCUUCAGAUGGAGAAAAUCUGCUGAAGAUGAAUGGUCCAUUGCUCUGCACGGCCGCAUUAUCUCCCUCCGGCAAGAUGCAGAGUGUCUUCAUUAUCGAGCCAUGUUCCCAGAAACCACCAAAGCCAUUCCUACCCCGCCUUCAACAGACUCUCCCGCGCCCGCAGGAGACGAUACUUUGGCCCUCAUCAAUCACUACUUCAACCUCACGCCGAACCUCGGCCAACUUUACGAACAAUGGGCGGAAUCAGAUGCCAAUUUCAAAAAGAAGGCCCCGAAGUUCACAGGCGUUCGCAUAUUGAAGCAGGACGCAUGGGAGGCUCUCGUGGGCUUCAUAUGUAGCAGCAACAACAACAUCGCGCGGAUCUCGCAGAUGGUGGAAAAAUUGUGUACAAAUUAUGGUACGUUGAUAGGGCACAUAAACUCGACUCCAUACCAUGAUUUUCCGCCGGCCUCUGUCUUGACAGACCCCAAGGUCGAGCAAAACCUCAGACAACUGGGCUUCGGAUAUCGUGCCAAAUAUUUGUACAAAACAGCGUGCAUGGUUGCCGAGGAAAAGGGAGAAGACUGGCUUGACGGUUUGCGGAACCCCGAAAGCCCACUGUUGGGUGUUGAAGCAAAACCCGCAGGGGAGUUUAUGGAAGGAGGUCGCGAAGGCUAUAGGCUUGCGCAUGAGCAAUUACUUUCGCUGCAAGGUGUCGGACCCAAGGUCGCAGACUGCGUGUGCCUCAUGGGUUUGGGCUGGGGAGAAGCUGUUCCGGUGGAUACUCAUGUAUGGCAAAUUGCACAGCGAGACUACAAAUUUGGCAAGGGCAAGCAUAGUAGUCUAACAAAGGCGACCUACGAUGCUGUUGCGAACAAGUUCCGUAGCCUUUGGGGCAAGGAAGCCGGAUGGGCACAUUCCGUGCUUUUUACUGCAGACUUGAAGGCUUUCUCAGAAAGACUAGUGGCCAAAGUCGAAAAGAAGGAUGAGAUGGUGGAAAUUAAGCCUGAGGCUGACGUACCUGUGGUUGAAGCCGUGACUGAAGAGAAGAAAGUGGUGAGUAAGAGGGUAAAGAGGGAACCGGAUGAUCACGAGCACCAGGUCCUUGAAGUCCAAGAAAGAGUGGUGAAAAGGACCAGGAGAAGUAGUAGAAAAACAUAAGACCUACAGGUAGGAAUUAUUUAUUUUGGGA